CUCAUUCUCUUUUUCACCUAAAGAAACCAAACUCCAUCUCUCCACCAAGAGAGAGAGAGAGAGAGAGAGAGAGAGAGAGAGAGCUACCCAACAAAACCAGCCAAUUGAAAAUACAAAGAUAAUUAAGGAGAGAAAGAUGAUUCAAGAGCUAUUAGGAGGAGGCGUAGGAGGCAGCAGCGGCGAAGAGCGGAAGAUCUCCAUUAACGGAGGAGUCAUCGAAGGUUCUUCUUCCUCUUCAUCUUCUUCUUCCGAUCACCAGAACUUAAGAUGCCCGCGCUGCGAUUCUUCCAAUACCAAGUUCUGUUACUACAACAACUACAACCUCACUCAGCCACGCCACUUCUGCAAGACCUGCCGGCGGUACUGGACUAAGGGCGGAGCCCUCCGCAACGUCCCCAUCGGAGGUGGUUGCCGGAAAAAUAAGAACACGACAGUCUCCAACACCAGUGGGAAAUCCAAUGGCAGCAAAGCAGCUAAGCCCAUGUCAUCAGAAGCUGGUAAAUCGAUCUUGGGGAACGGGUUCGAUCAUGACCACACAUCCAAUCCCAUCUUGUGGCCUCCACCGUCGCAUAAUUCACACCUGCUGGCCUUAUUAAGAGCCACCCAAAACCCUAACCCUAACCCUAAUCCUGGUAUGGUCAAGGAAGAGAGGGUUAUGAUUGGUUCCCACAUGGGUGGUUCUGAGUCAACCCUAAUGACAAGCGCAUUAAAUGCUCGGAACCUGAGCUUAGAUCCUAUGACUCAGGUUCCUAUUAGUUUAUCUAGCUCUUUCUGGAGGAACAAUCAACAACACCAACAUCAGCAGCAACAACAGCUACAACAUCACCCACAACAGCAUAGCAUGUUAUUGGGUGAACUUCCUAACACGGGAGUUCAAGACCUUUAUCAAAGGUUCAGAUCCACCUCCAAUUACUACAACGAUCAUCCGCAGUCGGUGUUAAGCAAUGCUUCUUCUUCUUCCACUUCUUCGAUCCUGGAACCGGCUUCCAUCGCAGGAGGGCAAUUGGGCUACUGGAAAUCACCAUUUUCAUGGUCUGAUCUUCCCACUACCAAUGGUGCAUUUCCUUAAGAACCCUACUAUUUCAAGCCAGUUAAUGUUCUUGCUGUUGUUUUUCUCCGCGUUGUAGUGUUACCGUGAUGUUCUUUUGUGUUUUUUGUGUGUUUUUUUGUGUGUUUAGCUUGAGUAUCAAGGACCAUGAACAAGGAAAUGGAAAAAAUGUAGAAAUAUUGGGGAGUGCUUUUUUUUU